UCUCUACCCACUGGUUAACAGCACAUAUCUUAACUUCUAUUUCUCUCUCUGCAUGUCUCUCUCCCUCCAUAGUCCAUGACCCACCAAGCUCCCUCUCUCCCUCUCUCAUAAAGGAGGCUGUUACUGGGCACUGUGGGUCUGUGAGUGCUGUCUCUGUUUGGUUUCAUUUGGGUUUUAUUGGUCAGUUUUAUUGCCUUCGAUAACUCAUGUCAGUGGAAACGGUUCUACCCUUCAUUGCCAUCGUCUUACUGCUGUCCAAUUUUUCUAAUUGGGAGCUUAAGCUCUGGCAAACUUAUUGCUUGGGGUUUUCUCACCAAGACCGUUUUGGGCUCUCCGUUCAACUCCUCUUCUUCGUUGCUUCUCCUGACUAUUUGUGGGUCUUUUUUAAUCUAGCUAACCUCCCUUGUUCUUGCUUCAACUCACCCAUCUUUUUAUUGUCACUAAUUUUUUUUUCUCCGAUUUUUAUUAUUUCGUUCCUUUUUAAUCCCCUUCCCCCACUUGCAUCGUUGAGGCCUGAGGGUGGUUGCCUGCUUGUUCUUGGCAAUUUUAGAAUUUGGAAUUACAUGGGAUGAGAAUGAUGAUGCCAGUGAUUUGGUUGCUGAUGAAGCUCAGUGCCCUUUCUUUGAUUAUUCAAGGAUCUGCAGUUGAAUUUCUCAGGGCACCAUCAACUUUUCCUGCAAUUUCUCCCAUAGAAGAAGGUGAACGUGGUAUUGUCCAUCAUGAAAAAUCAUUCAGAAGCAACGUACCAAGUGCAGCAUCUCAGCCAACUGUUUCACACUCGCCACUUCUCUUGUCUCCUUCAGAAUCUGCUCCGACACCCCAAAAGAUUAAGGUUUCUACAACAUCACCAGCUUAUGCUUUAGCUCCUCCACCCAAAACUAUUCAAGCAAUUGUGCCAUCCAAACCACCAACAGCUCCACAAAGAAAGGCAAAUGAUUACAGAGCUCCUGUGUCCAGGCUGAUUGUUUCAAUACCAGUUGCAUCACCUUCAACUUCAACUAAAUUCACACAAAAUCCACCAGUCAUCCCACCAAUCAUGCCGGAAACACUGCCACCAUCUCCUCACCAAAGAAAGGUACCAGAAAAUAAGGCCCCCGUCUCAAAGCCAAUUGCUUCUGCAGUGCCAGUUGCACUACCGCCAACGAAAUCCCAGCAAGACAUCCACUCAAUCAUGCCAAGACCAAGAGUGCCACCGUCAAUUUUACCUGUACCAGUGGCACCAGCUCCCCACAAAUCACAGAAUUCACCAGCCAUCCACCCAAUCAUGCCUUCAGAACCUUCAUACUUUUCACCAGUCCCUGAUGCAUCUCCAUCAUCAACUCUUUCCCCAACCAUCCAUUGGAAAAGAGAUAGAAUACCAGUUGCAGCACCUCCAAAUGAAAUAAUGAAUAGAUCAUCUCUUGUUCACCCUUCUCCUUCUAGAGGUGGAGUUGUCCCUACUGCUCCUCUGCAUGCUCCAAGAUUACCAUCAAAGAGUAGACGAAGGCACCAUGCUCCUUCACUGCUGAAUCCAGAGGCUGAUGUAUCUCCUACAUCAACUCUUUCCCCCAGCAUCCAUUGGAAAAGAAACGGAGUACCAGUUGCCGCACCUCCAAAUGAAAUAAUGACUAGAUCAUCUCUCAGUAAUCAUUCUCCGACCAAAGCUCCUUCAAGGCACAAAGCCAUGAGGCACAAAGCCAUGAGGCACUCUUAUCCUGCUCGUGCUCCUUUUUCAUCUACAGUAACUCCUCCAAACAAAGAAUCUCAUCCUCCCUUAUCUUCUCAGCCAGAAUCAUUUUAUUGGCACCAUAGCAGAAAGAACAAAAUCCCCAGCCCUGCUCCUGCAUCAUCGUAUCUGGGUUUUAAGCCGGGUUCAACACAAAAAGGUCCAGUAAUCCCCCCUGCUCCUUUGCAUGCUCCUAAAUUACCAUCACACAGUGGGCGAAGGCACCAUGCUCCUUCACCGGUGAAUCCAGACUAUACUGUCUCCCCAUCUCCUUCCAUCUCUCCACCCCGUGUUUUACCUGAACCUGCACAUUCACCAUCUUCAACAGCUUCAUCUGGUCACACCAAAUUUCCCUUUCUUUCCCCUAGAAUUGCUCCUUCUGGUUCUUCGCUAAGGAAUCCAAAGACAUCACUCAUGCCACCAUUUCAAGGAUUUCCACCUCCACCUCCUAACGAAGAUUGUACAUCAAUUAUGUGUACAGAGCCAUUAACAAAUACUCCACCUGGGUCUCCUUGUGGCUGCGUCUGGCCCAUGCAAGUUGCACUGCGACUCAGUGUUCCUCUUUAUACCUUCUUCCCUUUGGUUUCAGAAUUGGCCCAGGAAAUUGCUGCUGGUGUUUUUAUGAAGCAAAGUCAAGUCCGUAUCAUAGGAGCCAAUGCAGCCAGCCAGCAAGCAGAGAAGACAAUCGUCCUCAUUGAUUUGGUACCCCUUGGUGAAAAAUUUGAUAACACCACCGCAUUUUUGACAUAUCAGAGAUUCUGGCACAAGCAAGUUGCCAUCAAGGAUUCCUUUUUUGGUAAUUAUGAGGUAUUAUAUGUGCACUAUCCAGGUCUACCCCCCUCACCACCAAUGGUACCUUCUAGCCUUACUAUGGUAGAUGAUGGGCCAUAUUCUGGGCAUGAUAAUAAUGGGAGGACGAUACAGCCCCUGGGAGUUGAUGUGCAAAGCAGACGGCAUAAGGAUGGGCUUAGUGGCAGCAUUAUUGCUAUUAUAGUUUUGUCAGCGAUCAUUGCUGCUGUUUUAUUUUCUGCGGCUGCCUGGAUUUUACUUUUCAGACGUAGAGAUUGUGUUUCCCAAUCGGAGCAAACGCCACUGGCUUUUCUACCUUCCCUUUCAAGACCAUCAGGUACUGCUGGGUCUAUGGUUGGAAGCAUGGCCAGUUCUGCUUCAUUAUCGUUCGCAUCUAGCAUUGCAACUUAUGCAGGAUCUGCUAAGACUUUCAGUGCUAGUGAGAUUGAGAGAGCCACUGAUAACUUCAAUGCUUCUAGAAUCCUUGGGGAGGGUGGCUUUGGGCGUGUUUAUAGUGGUUCUCUUGAAGAUGGGACAAAAGUGGCAGUCAAGGUUCUCAAGAGAGAUGAUCAGCAGGGUGGUCGGGAGUUUCUGGCUGAAGUUGAGAUGCUUAGCCGCCUUCAUCACAGAAAUUUGGUCAAAUUGAUAGGUAUAUGCACGGAGGAGCGCAGCCGCUGCUUGGUUUAUGAACUCAUUCCAAAUGGCAGCGUGGAAUCUCAUUUGCAUGGAGUUGACAGGGAAACUGAUCCAUUAGACUGGAGUGCCCGGAUAAAGAUAGCACUUGGUGCUGCUCGAGGUUUAGCCUAUCUGCAUGAAGAUUCAAGUCCCCGUGUCAUUCACAGGGACUUCAAGUCCAGCAACAUCUUGUUGGAGCAUGAUUUUACGCCGAAGGUGUCUGACUUUGGUCUGGCUCGAACUGCUAUGGAUGAGGAAAACAAGCACAUCUCAACACGCGUUAUGGGAACCUUCGGAUACGUCGCUCCAGAGUAUGCUAUGACGGGGCAUCUUCUUGUGAAGAGUGAUGUUUACAGCUAUGGAGUGGUCCUUCUUGAGCUCCUAACUGGAAGAAAGCCUGUAGAUAUGUCACAGCCACCUGGUCAAGAGAAUCUAGUCGCCUGGGCCCGUCCGCUCCUGAUAAGUAAAGAAGGGUUAGAAAUCAUUGUGGACUGUUCUCUAGGACCCAAUUACCCUAUUGAUAGUGUUUCUAAAGUGGCAGCCAUUGCUUCCAUGUGUGUGCAGCCCGAGGUAUCUCACCGCCCCUUCAUGGGUGAAGUUGUCCAGGCCUUGAAACUAGUAUGCAACGAGUGUGAUGAGACAAAAGAAACGGGAUCAGGAAGUUGUAGCCAAGAGGACCUCUCCAUUGAUUUGGACACUAGGGUCAGUACUGGUUCAGGAAGGUUGCUGGAUCCUUUACAAUCACAGUACUCGGUUCCUAACUAUGAUUCUGGUGCUGAUGUUGAGAUGGGGCUUUCGGUUUCAGAUAUAUUCAGUACAUCAGCUAGAAUUGGGAGGCAGGCAUCUGGGUCAUUUAGAAGGCACUCUAGUUCAGGUCCUCUGAGAACCGGGAGGGGCAGGCGGUUCCUGCAGGCAAUGAGAAGGUUAUCUAGGGGUAGUCUGAGUGAACAUGCAGUCAUGUUCAGGUUUCAGCCAGGAUCCCAUUAAAAGUUCUGAAAAUUAUUUUUUGAGAAGAAUGGAUUUUAAUUCUUCUACGAUUCUGAAGCAGGCAUGCGGUUAGUCAUCCAAGCAGAAAUGGCUUGUUUGGGUUAUCGAGCUGGGAAAUGAGAAAAGCCAUUGAUGAAGAGUGACAACUUUUGCAGCCAUUUUGGAAAAGAUUCAAAUCCACGUUGGAAUAACCUCAAUAAGCAGUGAAAAGGGCAUGUCUUGAUCAAAGUCUUUCAUUGUCAAAAACUCGAACUUCUGGGGUUGUGAAAUCAAUGCUAAAAUGUAGGAUCUUUGGAUUGGGGCUGCUAGAAUUUUGUUGUAUUGGCAAUCCAAUGAUGUGUGUUGAGAUCAAGGAAAGGUUGUGUUUCUAACAUGUACAUAUUGUAUUUUUGUAUCAAGAAACGGUCUUCCCUUUUUCAAAGCAGUAAAUUUUUGCAUGUGAUAA